CCGUGAUUCCAGAAAGCGGCCGCGGCGGUUUGUCUUUGAAAAGGCCUUCGUCAGCUUGCGUGUGCUGAGAGUUGUGCGCAGCUCGAGGAGAUAGAGAGGAGAGGAGAGGAGAGAGGAGAGAGGAAAGGAAAGUAGAGGACGAAGGGAGGGAUUCCCAGGAGAACGACAGGAAGACUCAGAGAGGCAGUUUGAUGAGCUCUUGUGACUCCAUGGAGUUCCUGUACAAAUAGUGUUGGAAGGUUGCGACUCCCCCCCCCCCCCCCCCCCCCCCCCCCCCCCCUUUUCUCCUUGUUCAUAUCGGGCUCUCUGCUUCUCUGUCCUCCAUAGCCAACCUUGUCGUGCUGUCCGACUCGCUGACGGAGGUUCCGCCCCUCCCGCUCUUCCCUAGCUGCUUAAGUCCUAGUACUACACGGGUGGUUUGUCUCGUGUCAUUUGUCAUUUGUCAGCCGCGGUCUCAGCGUCCAGUCAGGUAAGGGUGACGCAGGCACUUGCAGGAUUGGGACACUGAGCUACUCUCUGGUUUGCAGGCACAUCUGUUUCGUCUGGGACAGUGAGUGGCUUUGGUGCUCAGUUUUCAAGCAUCCGUUUCGCUCGUUACUGCUGCAGUGUCGUAAAUACCGAGGGCUCGGCUUCGCAAUCGAGUCGAAGUAGGGGUAUUUUCGGGUGGGGGAGAGAGAGAGAGAGAGAGAGAGAGAGAGAGAGAGGGAGGGAGAGAGAGAGGUCCAUCAUGGCGGUUCCUCUGGGGUGCUGGCACAUGCAUAAGGAGUUGAGUACGCCGCCGUUGGUGGAGCUGUCUGCACUGGGAACCGUGGCGUCGAAGAGCCCCUUCCCGGAUAUUGCCGAUUUGUUGUCCCGGCAGGCGCUGCAGGUUUUCUUCGGAACUUGCGGAAACAUCACUGGUAUAUUAUGCCUGUUUGCACCAUUGCCCACAUUCGCACGAAUUAUCAAGAAGAAGUCUACGGAGAAGUUCUCCUCGCUACCCUAUAUCACGACUGUGUUGAGUUCUGCUAUCUGGGCACUGUACGCAAGCCCAAUGCUUGCCAACACGUUCCAGAUGUUCACGAUUACCUCUCUCAGCGUCAUUGUUCAAGCGAUUUACGUCGCCAUUUUUUUCACCUAUGCACGGGACUCAGCCCUGAAGGGGGCAUUCAUCAACCUUGCCGCAGCAGCGUUGAUAUUUAUGGGUGUUUUGGGACUGGGGCAGUUCUAUGAACCUGCUAGCGACCGUGCGGCUGCUGUUGGACUCGUGGGUGACGUCCUUGGAGUCGCAUCCUUUGCUGCCCCACUCUCUGUUUUGGGGCUUGUGAUAAGAACAAAGAGUGCCGAGUUUCUGCCGAUCACGCUCAUCUUGUAUAUGGGAGCGAAUGGCUUAAUGUGGCUGUUGUAUGCAAUCACCAUCAAGGACAUAUAUGUGUUUCUGCCGAAUAUGCUUGGCGUCUCGCUUUCCAUCGGCCAGAUCAUAUUGUACAUCAUGUACAGGAGCCCACUACCAGAAGAUGCUGAAAAGCCCUGUGGUCCUCGAGUCGAGGAAACUGCAGCAAAUAACGAGUCAGUUUGGCCCAAGCUACGUGUGAAAAUAGCGAAGCCGUAUCUUGAUGGCGUGGGAAGCAUGACGGCAUCACCCAGGUUGAUUGCACCUCUCCUGAUUAGACAGCUCUCACAUACGAUCAACAUGAUCCGUGACAGCGGCCCUUCCACGCCGACUGUGGAAAUUACGCCCUCUGAAUCCAACCACGGUGACGGCACUGGCGCUGCGGACAACAGUAAUGGUGGCACCAACAGCCCAGCCAUCGUGUACCGCGAUGGGAGUGCAUACAUUGUAAAAGCGCUAGAGAAUAGCCGAAGGCCACGGUACAGGAUGCGGGUUUCGUCAAUGAACCCACGGGCAGAUGAUGACGAAGACCUCCACCAACCGCUACUGACCGAUUUCACCCCGGACUGGCGUAACGAUUUGGCUGAGGACCCCGAAGCAGCAAACUGCCUCAAGAACGGCAACGGCACAUGCAUCAAGAAAGAGGCUGAGGCUGCUACCCACACACAAGCGGUGACAGGCACAUGAUGGAGCACAAAGUACCCACCCACCGCUCCCCAACUUGGUGGUAGGUCCAGGAAUGGUCUCUACGACUCUCCACACGCAAUCUGACUCAGCAACAGCGGCACCUAUCCCUCUGGGAGUACCUCUUUCUCUCUCCAAGCCUGCAAAGCAUUCGUCGAUAUCGGACGCCGACCUGAAUCAGAGCAAGGACGAGAGGAGGGGAAAAGUGAACCUGGCAGACGGAGGAUGUGCUCGGUCUGGUCUUGUACAUAACGACCCCUGUUUUGUGUUUGUCGCAUCGUUAUGCAGUGGCACCUCCAUCUUGCCGACCCCACGAGGUAGGGUAGUUUGACGGUGCGGCAUGUGUGCAAACUGCACAGACGGUCAGAGCGGCGAUGGCCGAGUAUUAACAUCGGAAGCUGCUGAUCUUUAGGCAUCGUCGACGCCAGUGUGUUUAUGCUUUCAGCAGCGAAGUGGGUGCUGAGCGAAGUGGGUGUUGUGUGAGUCUCGGGGCCCUUGUUGAGCUCUACUGCUUGGUUCUAGGAGCGAGUGAUGUAUGCCUGGUGUGGGUGCACGUUUUCAAUCAAGCACUGUCAGUUGACGUUGGCAAUCUCCGAGGACAGGUAUGGUCGAUUGUGCAGCAGUUCAUUCGGUGCCGAUCUUCGGAAACAUCGUGAAUACCUCUAUUCACAUUCUUGCGGGUGUUUACUCUCCCGAGGGAAGGCACAGAGGCUCUGCAGAGUUGCAGGCUGCAGUGGUGUCGUCUUCUGUCAUCUCCUUAAUGACAAUGGCGCAGUUGGUUUGGUAGGCGGAGCGAGGGAGAAGAAGGGUUUUAGAGUGCAAUUGGGCCUUAGCGGGAUGCAGGGAGGGGGAAGCGUAGUGGAGAGGAUAGGACGGUGUAGGUUAUACGUAGGUGUGUACCUUGCUUGACCUUGGGCGUCGACUGGACUGCACACAGCGCACAGUCAGGACGGUGUCUGUUACGUGUAGGUGUACUUUGAACCCGGACGUUGACUCUCGAGUGCACAUGGCUCAGAGUCAGAGAGUCAGGUGUGCAUGUAUUAACCGAGUGCACUUACGAUGUGUGAAGGCAGUCGGGAGCCUCCGCAGCUUAGCUGUUAGCAGCUGUAUAUUCACAUGAGCACUAGCGAUUAGAUAGAUAGUGCAGAGCGUAAUCACUGCAGUGUGCUUGAGCUGUGAGUGUAUGCGAUUUGGUGAAGAACAAACGGCAAGCUCUUGAUCGCUCUACUACUGUAAUGGCUGCACUGCAAGUGCCAAUGGGAAGCCGGCCAUAAUGUUAACCACUACGUAGGCAGAGAGUUUCCGUACAAGCUUCUGGAGCCCGGAGGUGAUUUAGCUACACAAGUUGCUAUCCUGAGGAUAGUAAUGAACUGUCUCAAUCGUGUUUUAGGGAGGAUGGUUAGAUUCAAUGUACAGCUGGGUGACUACGAAGUUUCGUCUCCGCUCGUAACUUACAGAGGCACAGACUUUGCAGGUCCUGCAGUACACGUGUUGGCACCCAAGGUCAUCAAAAGAAAGAAAUCUGUUCUGCAUGUCUGGCCAGCAGGAAUCAUGUGCCGUACGAAAACUUCCAUGCACUGUACCCCCUCCUCUUUCAUGUCAGUCAGAACUUCCCGCCAAAGUCAACUCUCUCUCUCUCUCUCUCUCUCUCUCUCUCUCUCUCUCUCUCUCUCUCUCUCUCUCUCUCUCUCUCUCUCUCUCUCUCUCUUGUUCUUUGCUCUUUCUGAUACGUUUGUGUGUGUGUGUGUGUGUGUGUGUGCUAGUAAUAGCCUUCUGUAGCUCUCUAUGAGCAAGACGGACGAUUUGGCGGCAAACAGUCCAGCCUGUUAAGCUCAUGGUGAGCCUCCGAAAUGUUGCGAAACUCUUGUGAAAUUGCUCGCAUAUAGACAUGGUCAUAGCUCCUCUUCUAUGAACACAGCUCAUUCUUUCUUCUCACUUCUGUGCUAUCGGGCAUGUGGGUGUGUUGAAGAGAGAAUGAGAGGAGAAGGGAGAGAGACUUUCUUGCCUGGAGACACGGUAAGAUGUCUGCCACAGGGCAUUGACUUAUUUUUCCUUUGUGUUUUAUGCUCCUCCUUUCCUGCCAAGUGUUUCUGGCUGCAGCAGUUGGCCUCCAGCAGUCGUGUACGGUUAUUAAGAUGGGAUUUCUUUGUGUGAACCUGAAACCAUGGUGGUGCUCUUUCGUGUUUUUUUGACUUUUUUUUCAUAAAGUACAACUUUAACACAG